AAAACUUUACAAAAGUGAGAUCUCAAUGUCUAAAUUCAAUGAAAUUCAAAGAAAGACUACUUUGGAGGUUCAAAGGAUGGACCCCGAUUUAGUUAGGGCCUCAAAGGUUAGAAAGUAGUAGUAGUAGUAGUAUUUGGUAGAGAGAUUAUAAUAAAGUCUAUCUCAUUUCCAUUUGGCAACAGAAAUUAUAAAACUCACUGACUCACUCCAAAACAGAGAUCUCUCUUACUACUACGUUUUAUAAAGCCAGAGUUGCUUCUGCUACUACCGCUUGAAGGCGCUGCUUAGUCUUACCUUCACAACCCAAAAAGCCAUGGCUUCAGAGAAAGUUGAAAGUAUCAUCGCCGGAAGCUACACGGAAAUGGAGAGGGAAGAACAGAGCAAUUCCAUUUCCAGCUCCGCUAAGAACAGAAUUUCUAAGUUGUUUUGGCACGGUGGUUCAGUUUACGAUGCAUGGUUCAGCUGUGCUUCUAAUCAGGUUGCUCAAGUGCUACUAACACUGCCUUACUCAUUCUCGCAACUGGGGAUGGCAUCGGGGAUCGUAUUCCAACUGUUUUACGGGCUGAUGGGAAGCUGGACAGCCUAUCUUAUCUGCGUCUUGUACAUUGAGUACCGCACCCGAAAGGAGAGGGAAAAAGUCGAUUUUCGAAACCAUGUCAUUCAGGUAAACCGUACCAUACAACUACUGCUUGCUAAUAGUUUCAGAGAAUCAGUUCAGGUACCACAGAAAAGGAUUAAUAAAAUCUCUUUUGUCUUCUCCUUCUUGUGUUGUCACUGAAGGAAUGCUCGAAUUAAUAUUGGGACACAAACAAACACUUAAUUUAAAAAAAAAAGAUUUAUUUUCUGUUUUCAUCCAAGUGUUUUUUGAUUGCGCGCUUCAGUGGUUUGAAGUUCUGGAUGGGCUGCUAGGAAAGCACUGGAGAAACAUUGGCCUCUUUUUCAACUGCACAUUUCUUCUAUUUGGAUCUGUAAUCCAGCUUAUUGCAUGUGCCAGCAACAUCUACUACAUCAACGAUAAUCUUGACAAGAGGACUUGGACGUAUAUCUUUGGAGCCUGUUGUGCCACCACUGUGUUCAUUCCUUCUUUUCACAACUACAGAAUUUGGUCAUUUCUUGGUCUCCUCAUGACUACUUACACCGCUUGGUAUCUCACCAUUGCUUCCUUUCUUCAUGGACAGAUUGAAGGAGUGAAGCAUUCAGGGCCAACCAAAAUGGUGCUCUACUUUACUGGGGCUACCAACAUUCUUUACACCUUCGGUGGCCAUGCUGUGACAGUGGAGAUAAUGCAUGCAAUGUGGAAGCCACAGAAGUUCAAGCUCAUCUAUUUGGUCGCAACAGUGUAUGUGCUAACCUUGACGCUGCCAUCAGCAAGUGCUGUGUAUUGGGCAUUUGGAGAUUUGCUCCUUAAUCACUCCAAUGCUUUGUCUUUGCUCCCAAGAACUGGUUUUAGGGACACAGCUGUUGUGCUCAUGCUCAUUCAUCAGUUCAUCACAUUUGGAUUUGCAUGUACUCCAUUGUAUUUUGUGUGGGAGAAACUGAUUGGAGUUCACGAAACAAAAAGCUUGUUCAAGCGAGCCCUGGCCAGACUGCCGGUGGUGAUUCCGAUUUGGUUUCUCGCAAUUAUUUUCCCUUUCUUUGGACCAAUCAACUCCACAGUUGGAUCUCUUCUGGUUAGCUUUACAGUUUACAUCAUUCCUGCUUUAGCCCACAUGCUCACUUUUGCUUCUCCAGCUGCAAGAGAGAAUGCGGUGGAAAGACCACCAAAAUUCCUUGGAGGCUGGCUUGGCUUAUACUCAAUGAACGUAUUCGUUGUGGUUUGGGUUCUGGUGGUAGGGUUCGCCUUCGGAGGAUGGGCAAGCAUGGUCAAUUUCAUACAUCAAAUUAAUUCCUUCGGUCUCUUCACUAAAUGUUACCAAUGCCCUCCUAAAAAGCCAUGAUCAAUUAUGUGUGUAAUUAAUCAAUUAUUACUUUUUACUUCACAUUUUUAUUACCGUUGUUAUUAUGAUUAUAGAAACACAACUAGGGUUAAGGACAUUUACAAUUUAGUACGGUGCAUUACUGCAUUACAUUACUACCGUGUAAAGUGGUUUUAUCUUCCCUUUUUUUUGUAAUCUUCUAUUUGGAAUAGGCAAUCGCCAUUAAAAUGUGUGUUGACUAUUUUUCUUGUUAUAAAUGUUGCAAAUACUUUAAAUAGAUUACGACCAAGUCAUGUCAGUUCAUUUUGUUCCCCACACAUUAUUUUUUUGUGUGUUGUUUUGCUUUUAGAUAAACAAAAACCCCAUUUUACUACACUCUCUGUGACAUGGUUUUGCCAUAGGUGAACCUAAACCAUGUUUCCGUAACUUUUCUCCUUUUUGACCAACCAAACAUUUCAAACCCAUGGCAAACAAGGCUAAAUGUAGGAUGUAAACAUGAAAACAGUUUCACGAAGUCUUGAUUUGUACCAACUAGUAAAAUAUCAAAGAAAAGAAGUAUCUCCCGAGUUUUAUCAAUAUUUUACAUACCAUGAAAUUUUGAUUUAACUUUUAUCCUUUUUACUGGCAGUGCAGUCUGGUAAAUUAGAUGACACCAAAAUCUUGACUUGUGGAAUGAAUGUUGGAUAUGCUGAAAAAUUUAAACAUAAAACUGAGUAACCACAUUCCAACGGGGCACAACUAAGCAAAACAAACACCGUUACUGGCAAAAAGGAUUCGUGCCAAAUCAAAUGAUAACCACAAAUUAUACCCUAGAACAAUUCCCCAACAUGCGAUACACUGUCAGUUAACUGCAUAUGCUUUGCACCUUAACAGUCUGAAGGCAAUCAAACUCAAGCAAUCCAGUACAAUUAAACAAACAAGCAGCUCUGACGAUAGAGGUUGUCGGCAUUAGAAAUCAAAGGAGUUCACAGGAUAAACCCCUGAGAUAUUCCACAGGUUACAGCCAUAACAACAGUUCACAAAUACUUUAGUAACAGAAAUCUGUGACGAAUAUGCACAAAAUGAAGUAUAAACUUUAAAAUUAAAAUUAUCUCCAGCUCAGUCACCUUUGACACACAGAAAUUAGAGUGCUUCAACCUCCGCAGCAAGAACCACAUGCAGGGAGAGAGCCUAUAUAAUAACCAAAAGCCAGCUAAUUAAAUCACUGAGCCAAUAUAUAAAAUACCAUUUAAGAGCUUGGAGUUUUCUCAACCAC